AUGAUGGAUGCCUUGAUCAAUUCACGUUACAAGAAACAGACAAAAAUUAUUGAAGCGGUCUGGCCUAGAUCUCACAGGGACGCUGUGCUCGUUAACGGUAAGGACAAGCUACAGUUGGUUUAUGAUGUUUAUACGUGUGUGAAUUCAAGGAAAAAUGGUAGUGGUAUUUUUGUCAAUUUGCUGUUUAUCCAUGCUAGUGGUAUGAGUAGAUCGGUCUGGGAUUAUCAUGUGGCUCAUUUAUUUGAUUACGAAUUCGAUUGGAACGUUAACAAAAUUGUAACUUUAGAUCAAGCCAGUCAGGGGGACUCUGGGGUCCUUAACGCAGAUCUCUUGGGGGUUCAGCAGGACUGGGUAGACGGGGCAAGAGAUGCAUGUAAGGUGGCUCAAAAUGAAUUUAGCAUGGAUUCAUCUGCUUUAAAUAUUGUAAUUGGUCAUUCAGCAGGUGGUUUCCAAGCGUUGUCCUCGGGUGUACUUUUACCCAAUUUGUUUCAAUUUAUCAUUAUUGUCGAGCCAGUAGUGUACAUGAAUUAUGUGACCCUUUCCCCUGGAUUUUAUCAAGCGUUGUUGGACAAGAUGCAGGACGUUUUCCCCAAUGACGAGGCAUAUCAACAUUAUAUGGAUAGAAGGAGCAUGUACACUACGGUUCAUCCAAGUAUACUUAACAGGGUUAAAGACUUUGAAAAAAUUGUUAUUCCAAAUGGUAACAUACGUACCAAGAUUUCCCGUCGUCAACAUAUAAUCUGUUACAUGUCGUUACAUUCUGGUGCUAGUUGGUUAAUAAAUUCACUAUCGUCGAUUAAAGUUCCAGUGAUCGGUAUAUUUGGUGGUGUUUCCAAAUGGGCACCACGAAAGAAUAGACAAAUCUUGAGGGAGAAAAUCCCUGAUUAUUUGGAAGAAAUGAUCCCAGGUGGUGACCAUUUAUUGAAUUUGGAACAACCCGAUAAAUUUUUAGGUAAAUUGGUGGAUCACAUCUCAGGAUUUGUCUCUAAUGAGGGUGGGCAAUAUUUAAAAUCGAUAGCUAAUGAUAACUUGUCAAUUGAUCAGAGACGUAAGAAAUUUGAAAUUGAUUUCGAAAACUACAAAAAAACAAGAGUGAAGGUCAACCCCCCUCCUUCUAAAUUAUAA